CGACAACCAAGGUAAGUUGCUUCCAUACGAAUGAUAGAAAUAACGCGCACAGAGUUCGUAUUGCUACGUUUCAUAAGUGGGGGGUCCCACACAUUCACAUCAAUCGUUCAUGUUGAAUAUAAUUUCACUUGGUAUGUAUAGUUUACACCGUGUUGAUAAGACUGUUUAUCGAAAUGAUUAAAGCUAUUUCCCCUUCACUUCUGAAUACCCUUAGAAGAAAUUAUUCAUCAAAUGUGUCGCCAACCACCAAACUCUUCAUCGAUGGAAAAUUCUUGAAUUCUAAAGCAACGGAAUGGGUGGAUCUAUUCGAUCCUGCUACAAAUAAAUUAGUCACUCAAGUACCAAUUAGUACAAAUGAUGAGAUGGAGGCAGCUGUAGAAUCAUCUAAAACUGCAUUCAGAUCAUGGAGCAAAACAUCAGUAUUAACUAGACAGCAACUCAUGCUGAAAUUUCAAGCAGUUAUUAGAAGGGACAUAAAGAAAUUGGCCCAAAAUAUCACCUUAGAGCAAGGAAAAACACUAAUCGAUGCCGAAGGAGAUGUGAUGAGAGGGUUACAGGUUGUGGAACAUAGCUGCGCUGCUGGUACCUUACUCCAAGGAGAAUCGUUACAAAAUAUUUCGACUGACAUGGAUAUCGUAUCAUACAAACUACCGCUUGGAGUAGUAGCAGGAAUAUGUCCAUUCAAUUUUCCUGCUAUGAUACCACUUUGGAUGCUUCCUUUGGCACUCAUAGCAGGAAAUACAGUUAUUCUGAAACCGUCAGAAAAAGACCCUGGAGCAACGAUGUUACUGAUGGAACUUUUGAAUGAAGUUGGUUGUCCUCCUGGUAUUGUUAAUGUCAUUCAUGGUACCCACAACUCAGUCAACUUCAUCUGUGAUAAUAAGGACAUCAAAGCCAUCAGCUUCGUUGGCUCAGAUACUGCCGGAAAAUAUAUAUAUGCGCGGGGUGCAUCCAACGGUAAACGUGUCCAAUCAAAUAUGGGUGCAAAAAACCAUGCAGUAGUUUUACCUGAUGCUAAUAAAGAAUCAACAAUCAAUCAGUUGAUCGGUGCAGCUUUCGGUGCAGCUGGCCAACGUUGCAUGGCUCUCAGUGUUGUUAUUCUGGUAGGAGAGAGUCAAAAUUGGAUACCCGAUAUAGUGGAAAGAGCAAGGAAACUGAAAGUGAGUGCUGGACAUGAACCGGGCACUGAUGUGGGACCAGUAAUUUCGAGGCAAGCGAAAGAGAGAAUUCUGAAACUCAUCGAAUCUGGAAUAAGUCAGGGUGCAAAAUGUCCUCUCGAUGGAAGAGGCGUACUAGUUGAGAAUUAUCCUAAUGGUAAUUUCAUUGGACCGACUCUCUUAACCGACGUACAACCAUCUUACGAGUGCUAUAAAGAAGAAAUAUUUGGCCCAGUUCUAUGCGUAAUGUCAGCGGACACCUUGGAAGAUGCUAUCAAUAUUAUCAACACAAAUCCAUAUGGCAAUGGUACUGCCGUUUUUACUACGAAUGGUGGUCAUGCUAGGCAAUUUGUGAAUGAAAUUGACGUUGGACAAGUAGGAAUAAAUGUUCCGAUUCCUGUUCCACUUCCGAUGUUCAGUUUCACUGGUUCGAGAGGCAGUUUCCAUGGUGACUUACAUUUCUAUGGGAAGCAGGGUUUGAAUUUCUAUACCCAAACUAAGACAAUAACUUCACUAUGGAGAAAAAGUGAAAUGAGUUCUGCACCUUCUGUCUCCAUGCCUGUACAUAAUUAGGUUGAUAAAAGUUCAGUAUAUGUAUGGAGUAUGUCAAUUGAAGAUCGAAUAUCAUAAUUCAGAGAAUCAAAGACUAAGAUCAAGAUAUUUGUGAAUGUAUCGGAAACAAAAUUCAAUUUUUGAGACCAUUCAAAUUUCAAAUUAUUGUCUUCAUCGGUUUUCUUGAGAUUCAUUGAAGGUUAAUCACAA